GACUUUGCUACUUUGCAGACAGAGCAGAGGUGUGCAGCAUGGCUAAAUGUCAAAAAUGUGGGCCUGGCUAUCCUACCCCUCUGGAUGCUAUGAAAGGGCCUCGAGAGGAGCUUCUCUACCUGCCUUGUAUCUAUAGAAACACAGGUACAGAGGCCCCAGACUACUUGGCUACUGUUGAUGUGGACCCCAAGUCUCCUUAUUACAGCCAGGUGAUACAUAGACUGCCAAUGCCUAAUAUGAAAGAUGAGCUGCACCAUUCAGGCUGGAACACCUGUAGCAGCUGCUUUGGAGACAGCACCAAGUCUCGAACCAAACUAAUCCUGCCCAGCCUCAUUUCCUCCCGCAUCUAUGUGGUGGAUGUGGCCUCAGACCCCAGGGCUCCAAAGUUGCAUAAGGUGGUGGAGCCCACAGAAGUGAUGUCCAAGUGUGACCUGGCCUGCCUACACACUAGCCACUGUCUGGCCAGUGGAGAGGUGAUGAUCAGUGCCUUGGGGGAUGCUAAGGGCAAUGCUAAAGGAGGGUUUGUACUGCUAGAUGGGGAGACAUUUGAGGUGAAGGGGACAUGGCAGAAGCCUGGAGGUGCUGCUCCAAUGGGCUACGACUUCUGGUAUCAGCCUCGGCACAAUGUCAUGAUCAGCAGUGAGUGGGCUGCCCCCAAUGUGUUCAAAAAUGGUUUCAACCCUGCAGAUGUCAGUGCUGGGUUAUAUGGGAGCCAGCUACAUGUGUGGGACUGGCAGCGUCGAGAGCUGAUACAAACUCUACAGAUGCAGGAUGGACUAAUCCCUCUGGAGAUCCGAUUCUUGCACAACCCAGAUGCCUCCCAGGGCUUUGUGGGGUGUGCCCUCAGCUCUAAUAUCCAGCGCUUCUACAAGAAUGAGGGAGGCAAGUGGGAAAUUGAAAAGGUGAUCCAGGUGCCACCCAAGAAAGUGGAGGGAUGGAUGCUGCCUGAUAUGCCAGGCCUGAUCACAGAUAUCCUCUUGUCAUUGGAUGACCGUUUCCUCUACUUUAGCAACUGGAUUCAUGGUGACGUGAGGCAAUAUGAUAUAUCAGAUCCUCAAAGGCCCCGCUUGGCUGGACAGAUAUUCCUUGGGGGCAGCAUUGUUCGGGGAGGUCCUGUGAGAGUCCUACAAGAUGAGGAAUUGAACUGUCAACCGGAGCCCUUGGUGGUUAAGGGUAAGAAGGUCCAAGGUGGUCCCCAGAUGAUCCAGCUUAGCUUGGAUGGACGUCGUCUCUAUGUCACCACCUCCCUGUAUAGUGCUUGGGAUAAGCAGUUCUACCCUGACCUCGUUAGAGAAGGCUCAGUGAUGCUGCAGGUUGAUGUAAACACAGAAAAGGGGGGCCUGAAACUUAACCCUAACUUCCUGGUCGAUUUUGGGAAGGAGCCUUUGGGUCCAGCCUUAGCUCAUGAGCUCCGAUACCCUGGGGGUGACUGCAGCUCUGACAUCUGGAUAUGAAGCCUGCCCUUCCCCUACCACUGAGCCCACACUCCUCAGGCUCCACAGGGGCCUAAGCUUCUUGGUGGGGCCUUUGUUUCCACAAACCUUCUGGCUUCCUUCCCCAUGAAACCUGUUACCCUGCCAGAGCCCUUGUCGGGGGAGGGGGUCUGGUUUGGAUCAUGAGAAGUAGCUCUCUCUUUUAUAUUUUGCUCAUUAUCUACUGUUUUUAUAUGGUGUCUUGGUUGACCUUGCUGUUGCCAUUACCUCCCCAACCCCCGACUCCCACUGGUGGUAGGUAUUAAGGAAUAAAUUGAAUACUAUUC